AUGGCAUAUAGUACUUUUAUAUUAGAGCACUAAUAUGAUAUAUAGAGAAAGCAUGCUCCAGGUUUGAAGAUAAAAAAAAUAGAUUACAGUUCUCUUCAACAAUAAUAGAGUGGUAUGUAAAAAUUCAAUGGAGUAUAAAGCUAAUUAAUAAAACAAUAGGUUUUACAUAAAUCUCCAACUUAAAAAAAUCUUAAAACCAAUCAUUUAUCUCCUCUCUAAAAAUGUCCCAGCAAUUAUUUUAAAGCUAAUCCUAAUAAUUUUUAAAAGAGAAAUCUAGAAAUAGAUAUCUAAUUGCAAGAGGAAGAAGAGAAUUAGCAGCAAUUACUUAGAAAAAACUUGAAUUAAAAGCUAAGAAAUUUAAGAUUCUAUACAUAUAUCAUGAAUGACUCUAGAUGGAAGCCUGAUUCUAGAGAAAAUCACACUUUAGUCAACAACAACGGUACUCUAUUCUUGUAUGGAGGUAUAGGAUGUGAAAUUUACAAAGAAGUUAGUGCUCUCAAUACUGAAAACUGGUAAUGGUUUGAUUUAAAUUAAGAUGGUGAUUAACCAUCUGAGGGGAGAUAAGGACAUUCUUUAGUUUGUUAUAAGAAUUAAUUGGUUCUUUUCGGGGGAGAGAGAAAAUACAAUAAGAAUGUAAGGAUAAGAGAGUGUUUUAGCGAUUGUAGAAUUUUCAACUUGAAUACCAGAUAAUGGACUCUUGUUAGAUAAUUUGGGGAUUUUCUUGAGAGUAGGAGAAACCACACGGCUUGUUUAGUUGGAAAAUUUUUAAUAAUAAUCGGUGGAGUAGAUUCUAAUGGAAAAUACUUAAAUGAUGUAUGUUCUGUUAACUUAGAAACUAGCAAAUCAAUACAUCUAGAUUAAAUCGAUGGUUAUGCAGAUGGAAUAGCUUUUAGUGCAUGCUGUUCGGUUUUCAAAAAUGAAACCAAAAUCGAAAAUUUAUACCUUCCGUUUGAGAAAGCAUAAGCAAAAUAAAAUAAAGGAAUCAAUUAAUCUUACUUGCAAGGUAUUUAUGUGUUUGGAGGAAGACAAGAAAAUGGAGAUGCUUUAAAUAACUUAAGGGUACUUCAAUUAGGCAGAAAACCUUUGAAAUGGAUUGAUCUCGAAUUCACAGGUUAAUAGCCUGAAGGUAGAUUCAGUCACACUUUAAGCUACUAUAAAGAGUUCAAUUCUUUAAUUUUAGUGGGUGGUAGAAAUGAAGUUUAUUAUUCAAAGUAAGGUUCAAACAUAUUUUAGGAUAUUUAUAUGUUUUCUCUUGAGUUUUCUGAGUGGAUUAAAAUUGACAUGAGAGGUGGUGAAUACUAAGCAAGAUGUUCUCACUCUGCAGCUAUCAUUGAUACCAAAAUUAUUAUAUUUGGCGGUAUUUCUCAUCAAGGAAUAUGCAGCUCAGAUUUGUUAGUAAUCGAAUUAGAUCAGAAAAAAUGUCAAUCCUUCUUAAAGGAGCACAACCAGCGAAUUCAAGAAAUAGAUAAUAAAAACUAAAAAAAUUCUAUGCAGCUGAAACAUUAAUUCUCAAUUGAUGGGAUUAUUUCUAAUGAAAAUUAUAUAUUUUAGGUACCUUCUUCAUGCAGACAGAAUAAAUACUUAACAGUGAAAAAUAAAAUUAGCUCAAAUCGCAAUUAACUAAAUUUUAAGAGUGAAUAUUUUCCUGACAAUAAUAAUUAAUAGUAUGAAAAUACAAAAGAACACGAACAUCAAUAGGCUAUUAUCUAAAGUAGGCAUAACUUAAAUCAUCAUAUUAACAACCAUUAAAACUCAAAUACAAAUGAUAGAGUACAUGCAAAAUUUGAAAAGUGUAAAACAUUUCUACCUUUACCAUUAGUACCUAAAAGAAAUACUCUUUUGUUUGGAAAUUUAACUUAUGAAUCUUAAAAAAGACUUUCAAUAUAAAAAAUAUUCUAAGAUAAAAAACUCACAUAAAAUGUUUAAAAAGUAGACUAAAAAAGUAAUUUGUCUGAAAGUAGCAAGAUUUCUAGCAACAUUUCUUUUGGACAAGAUAUUUGA